AUGGCACUGGUAGAUAAAUCGUUGAAGCUGCUGAUAGCUAAACGUGAUAGAAUAUUCGCUCGCAUGCAAACUAUCGCCGAUAAAAUUAAAAACAUUGAUUCGCAAGAUUCCACUAGGGAAUCCUUCCUGUGUGACCUUGAAACAGUAGAUUCUUUGCGUACAGAUUUCGAAAGUGUGUUGGACGACAUUGCCGCCCUCGAGCUUAAACUAAAUCCUGAUUAUGUUGUCAAUUAUCAAGCACUUUCUUCUUUCGAAGACCUUUUAGGCCGUGACGCUCCAGUACGCGUUGAUAGUAAGUCGACUGUAUCGUAUUGUUGUACCACGGACCCGUUGGACUCCGCUGUCCGUAAAUUCUGGGAAAUAGAGGAGGUGGAUGUUCCCUCCAUACUAAGCCCGGACGACACAUUGUGUGAGGAGUUUUAUACCCGCACUACCACUCGGGAUAGUGACGGACGUUACGUAGUUGCUUUACCUUUCAAGGGUGAAGUCGAAUCCCUUGGGAACUCGCGUCAAGUAAGUGAACGUCGGUUUUACUGCUUGGAAAGAAAAAUGCAGGCUUCUCCACAAUUGAAGGUCGCGUAUGACAGUGUCAUCUUCGAAUAUUUAGAAAAGGGUUACAUUUCACCUACAGAUUCUGUCUCUUCGGAAGCUUCGUACUUCAUUCCGCAUCAUGGUGUGAUCCGCGAUGACAAGAUCACUACCAAGCUUCGUGUCGUUCUCGAUGAUAUUCGUCAAAUGUUUCUCAGUAUCGGAAUCCGAGAAUCGGAUCGUCGUUUCCAACGCAUUUUGUAUCGUUUUUCGCCGCAAGAACCUUUAAAGGUUUAUGAGUUCAAUCGUGUCGUUUUUGGACUUAAGUCUAGUCCUUUUCAUGCUCUGCGCACUAUAAAGCAGUUGGCGGAGGAUGAGGGUGAUUCUUACCCUCAAGCUAAGGAAAUUGUAGCUACAGGUCUGUAUAUGGACGAUUUUGUCUAUUCCGUUUCCUCGGAAGACCAAGGCAUUUCCACCGCCUCAGAAAUGAUAGGUCUCAUGAAAGCUGGUCAAUUUGAGUUAGUCAAAUGGACCAGUAAUUCUCAAGUUGUACUAGACUCGAUUCCUCCUUCUCAUCGCUUGCCGGCUGUCAAAGAAUUUGAUGAGUCUGACCAACAUAAAGUACUCGGCUUGUGUUGGUCACCUACUUCAGACCAUUUCAGCAUGAAGGUGAAUACUCCAGCUAACCAUUGUACCAAGCGCACAAUACUGUCGUGUGUCGCUAAAAUAUGGGAUGUCAUGGGAUUCGUCGCGCCUGUCGUCCUGUAUGCUAAACUUCUCAUCAAACAGCUCUGGCUGUGCGAUUGUGAUUGGGAUGAUACUCCACCUGAAGAUAUCGUCAGGCUGUGGACUCGCUUUAAAGAAGAGCUACCAGUGCUCAGUCGUAUAAAAAUCCCACGUCACCUAGGUAUUGUCGCCGAUAGUGUCGUCACUAUCUUAGCUUUCGCGGACGCUAGUGAAAAGGCAUAUGGUGGAGUUAUUUACUUCCAUGUUCAAAACAGCGAUGGUAAUACUGUCAACUUGUUAACUGCUAAAUCGAAAGUCUCUCCUAAGAAGAUAUCGCAUGUCAGCGUCGGAUUACGACUUCGCUGA